AGCAUCGCCUUCAUCCAUACGCUUCCAUAUUCUUAAGAUUCUCUCUCAAACAUUCAUAUCUGUCAAAUAAUUGGAUUCAAAUUUUAAAUCUUUUUUUGAUUCCUUCACCAUAUUUUCAAAUUUCAACUGAAGAUGCUGUGCAGGGGAACUAAUUCGAUAAAAUGUAGAAAACCUGGAUCAGUUCCGGUUUACCUGAAUGUUUAUGAUCUUACCUCCAUGAAUGAAUACGCUUAUUGGGUUGGCCUCGGCGUAUAUCAUUCCGGCGUUCAAGUUCAUGGAGUUGAGUACGCUUUUGGAUCUCAUGAACAACCGACGACUGGAAUCUUCGAAGGGGAACCGAAACAGUGCGAAGGAUUCACGUUCAGGAAGCAGAUUCUGAUAGGAUGGACGGAGAUGAGUCUAAGAGAUGUGAGAGGAUUCAUGGAAAUGCUAUCUCAUGAUUACACAGGGAUUUCAUAUAACCUAAUCACCAGAAACUGCAAUCACUUCUGCAAUGAUGCUUGUCUCCAACUCACCGGAAAUCCUAUACCGAAUUGGAUCAAUCGUCUAGCUAGAAUCGGUUUCCUGUGCAACUGUAUAGUUCCAGCGAGUAUAAAUUCGACUAAAGUUGGAAUUGAAGAUCACAAAGUGUGUAAUGAAGCAGAGAUUAAGACGAAACUAAGGAGCCGUUCAAAUCGGUUCACUUCAUCUUCGAGUUCUCCAUCGUUAUCUUCGGUUGAUCGUCCCAGAAGUCAUGGAAGAACUGUUCUCCCUUCAUCAUCGCUUUUGAUGCUUGAUUCCCCAUCUUCACGGGCAAUAACAGUCUGUAAUGGUAAUCAUAUGUAAUCAAUCUUCCUUUUUUUUUAUUUUAUUUUUAAUUAAAGCUUUUGAGCUUUUUAUGAAGUUGAAUCUGCAAAGCACAUGAAGGAGGGUUUGGUAAUGGUUGUUAACAACUCAGAAUUCGUACAACUAAUUGAUUCUUGAUAUUAGUUAUGACUACGAUGAUUUAAAUAAUUUAAGAACGUUGAAUUUUGAAAAGUCAUGCAUAAAAUAAAAGAUUCUUAACCACAAAUAUGUAUUGUCGUUUUGUAACUGCCUACCUGAUGCUGUUUGGAAAAAAAAGAACUCUGUUUGCACAAAUAGAACUCUUAAAAUUUGACAA